AUGUCUGCUGUCGUGUUUCUCCUCGUAUGUUUCCUGUCCUGUUCUGUCUCUGAAGAGCAAACAGUGAAGUCUGGAGAUGAUGUCACUCUUCAGUGUCAGAGUCCCAAAGAUGAAGCCAUCAGAUUAUUACAGUGGAUCAGACCUGACCUGAAGACAGAUGGAUACGUCUUCUUCUUCAGAGACGGCCAACCAAUUGAAUCCUUCCAGCAUCUAUCUUUUUGUGGUCGAGUGCAGCUGAAGGAUCCACAGAUGAAGAACGGAGACGUUUCAGUGACUCUGAAGAACGCCAACACCAAGGAUACUGGAACAUACGAGUGUCGAGUUUCAGUGAACAACAACAAGUCUGAACUCAAGAACACCAUCAACCUGAAGGUUGAAGACUCAGGUCAAACAUCUGGAAACAUUCAGACUAAAGGCAAUGUUGGAUUAAAAAUUGAACCGUCUGUUGCAGUUGUGGUUCUUCUUGUUGCUGCUGCUGUUGAAAAUUCAAUCAUUUAA